UUCACAAACAAUACUAGGAUAGUGUUUAUAUGAAAAUAUACUUUAGUCAGUUGAUACAAACGGAAUGUAUACAUCAAACAACAACCUAAAAACAAAUAAAUUGUUAAGCAGCCGAAUUUACUUUACAAGAGCUGACAAUCCAAGAAGCCAAAGGAACCAACCAAAGAACCAACAAGGAAUACAAAUGAAUCAAUCGAAGUAUAACGAUCCACAGUCUAGAUCUAGUAGAUACGCAAGGCCGUCCAGUCGCACUUUAAAAUGCGAUAAGUUGGAUCCUGAUGAGUUCUUCAAUUGCGCUGAUAUUAAUGGCAAGCUUUAUAGACUAUACAAUCUUUUCGAGGACAUUGAAGCUAGUGAAGCAUUCAAAAAACAACAGCCUAAACAAAUUAAACGUCUUAAUACGGAGUCUGCGAAGUCUCUUCAAUCAAGGAUGUCGCAAAAGGAUGCCAAACGACCGCGAGGAAGGCCCAAAAAGAAUGCGAACUCUACCCUUAUUAAUCCUGACUAUCCAAAGAAAAAUGCAAUGGAAAUGGGCGAGAAACAGGAGAGUCCCAAAACGAUAUCAAAGAAAGUAAUUCCUCAGAGUAAACUGGAUUACUUGGAGGACAUGGAGCUGGGUGCUGCUUUUCGGAAGCAACAGCUCCCAAGUAGUCGCCGUAGUUUAGGUGUAGCUGGACCACGUCGACCAGGACGAUCCCCAAAGGGAUCAACGAACUGCAGUACUGGUUCAUCGGUAGUGGACUGGAGAAAAUUAGAUGAGCCAUCCGUGGUAAUACGACGAAGUGCACGGAUUCAGGCAGCAAAACUUAGGAAGCAGCAGUCAUUGGAAAGAAACUUGCGGAAGGAUCAGGAGAAACCCAAUUCUGGAAUGGUAGUGGAUUGGGAGAAAUUAGAUAAGCCAGAACGGGUCCAAGAACCACCUAUCGUAUUACGAAGAAGUGCCCGGAUUCAAGCAGCCAAACUCAAGAAGGAGGCCUUGGAAGCCAGUUUAAGAAAUCAGAAUCAGAAUCAGGAGAAGCCUAGUUCCAGAAAGGUAUCGCAACCUAGAAUCGCUCGAAAGCAAGUGUGUCGUUCAUGUCCUAAUUGCAACUCUAAUACCUUUCUUAGGCCGCGUCCGAUCACGUACUUUGAGUGCGCCGAGAUUAAUGGAAAGCUUUAUAGACUCAAUGACAUUUGGGAAGAUGUGCAGCUUGGUGCUGCUUUUCGGAGGAAACAGAAGAAGGCACAGCCCCAACGACGGGGAACUUUUCGCGUUCGGAGAGGAUCUUAAUGGAUUAAGGCAAUCCAUAUAUACACGUUUGGUCCGUCAAAUAUUAUAAUACAAAAUUUUCGUUAUCAAAAGGCACUCAUAUUUAUAUUUAGUUGUAUCUAUUUUGGUUAUUGCACUGUACAU